UGUAAAUAAUGUCAUUUGUGUAAACUUGAUUCAGCAAUGUGCACUUUCUUGUUUUUGCGUUUUCCAUCACUGCAUCACAGGUAAAUGUCAACUAUAGUUCAGCAAUUUGCUGCAAAGCGUCAGGCAAAGACGCUUUAUAAGAGGUGUGUAGGAACUCAAUUUGCUGUAACAUAGUUUAUUAUUUGAAGUGAAAGUAUUAGAAAAUAUCACAAAUAGGAAUAAAUUGCAAUACUUUGUCGGUCGAAAGUUCGGUUCGAAAGUUAGCUGUCGUGUACGAUCACGGACAUAAAGUUUAUAACAAAAGCACGGAAUAAGGAGGCUUGGGCUGCAAUAGCAGUUGAAUUCCAAGAAACGGGUAUGGAUUUCUUAUUAGUAAUUAAGCAAUAAUUGUGGUUGGUUACUGGUCUUCAAUACUAUGCAAUAAGUGUAUGCGUUCAUGAAUAAAAAACCUUCAAAAAACAAUAUUUUACAUGGAUUGUUUGUUCAAGACAGGAUGCUUUCUACAAAAAUGGAAAUGAAAAAACGCAUCAGCAGUUGGUGGUUUUCAAGCCAACACCUUUGAAAUUAAAGUUUAUUUUUAUUGUUUUUGAAAUGCAAAAAUCCUUUGAUAUAAGUGAAGAACAUAAACAUGAGUCAAUAUUUGUAAAAUUCGGUCGAAAUCGAAACGUACGUCAACUCGUAUAGGGAGAAUUAUUUAGCUGAUCUUGUUGAAUUAUUAGUUCCUCAUGCACAAACAAAUAAUGAUAUCGAUUAUAUAGAACGAUUUGAUAAUGAAGAUGCCACAAAAAAAAAAAAAGAUGCCAAGAAAACUGAAAAUAAUUGACGGGCCUUCAUUUUUAAAUGAAGAUCAUUCAAACACAAAAACUAAUGCAGAUCUUCAAGCUUUAGAAUCUGAAGGCGAAGGAACACCACCGGCUAAGUUUGCAAAAGUUCAAACCGAUACAAGCCUUGCAAAGCGAACACAAUUACAAUUAAAUACACUUAAACCAAUUAUGUGUGAGAAAUCUGUACAAUUUGAUACGAAUAGAUCGAAAGAAGACAAAUAUUUAGAAAUAUAUAAACAAUAUAUUAAGGCAAUGAAUAAACGACAGCGUAUCGUGUUAAUUCAAAAUAUUUUUAAAGCUAUAGUUACGACUUUAGAUGACUGUAGAGACUUCAAUGACUCUGUAAUUGAAAGUCCGCAAAGCAAAAAAUAUGAAGAGAACCGAACAGUUGAAAAUAAAUCGAAUUCAGUACCCGUAAUCGUUGUUCGAAAACCUAUAGGACACAGUAGUCAACCAGAAACCAAACUCGGACCAGGAGCCAGACUCGCAACAAGAGUACCAUAUACAGUUUCGGGAAAAGUAAAUGGUGUGUGUGGUCCCAUAUAUCGAAUUAUCCCCAAGAAUAAUAUGGUCAAUAAUGCAGCAGUUACAGCAAAUGCUACUUCUAUCGUUAAUAGUUCAGUAAACUCUUCCAAUCUGAUUACUUUGCAUGCUUCUAAUACAAACAUACGUACUAUUAAUUGUGCAGCAUCAAGCUGUGUGGCUAAAACGUCUACAACCAGUGCAGCAUCGAAGUUACUUUCUCAGAAUGCAAUUAGUCGGUGUCGAGUUAGUGCUGUUCCAUCAGUUAGACUUGCUAACAGUCGUUUUAACAAAUUCGUCCCCAGUGUUUCUGAUAGAGUUUCGCAGUACUGGACCAAGGUCCAGACCCAGACCAGCAAUACUAUGCAUAGUAAAACACUAACUACAGUGUCUGCAACAAAUACGAAUUUAAAUGACUGUAAAGACUUUAAUGACUCUGUAAUUGAGAGUCCGCAAAGCAAAAAAGAUGAUGAGAAAACAGUUGAAAAUAAAUCGGAUUCAGUACCUGUAAUCGUUGUUCGAAAACCAAAAGAACAUAGUACUGGGCCAGAAGCUAAACCUAGACCAGGAUUCAGACUCGUACCAGGAGUGUCAUACACUGUUUGGCAAAAAGUAAAGGGUGUGAAUCGUCUAAUUUUUCAAAUUAUCCCCAAGAAUAAUAUAGUCAAUAAUGCAGCAGUUACAGCAAAUGCUGCUUCUAUAGUAAACAGUCCAGGAAACUCUUCCAAUCUGAUUGCUUUGCAUGCUUCAAAUACAACUGUCAAUACUACUGCAAAUAUUACUGCAUCUACUUUCGCUACAACUUCUAAGUCUUCGCCUUAUUCAUCUGUUGCUGUUAUUGGUACUUUAUCUAUGGUUAUUGCUACGCCUGCUAUGGCACCAAUUCAAAAAUCUGCUCUACCAAUUUGUACGGUACAUGCAAAUAAUUCUAGAGCAAUUAAUAAUUUCAGUCCUAGCCUCUUAAGACAAAAUGCACCACAACCACCAUCUGACAACAAUGAUUCUGACGACGAAUUUGCUGGUAUUAUAAGAGCGGAUAAUUUCCUGUGGAUAAAGGACGAACCACUUGACGAUUAUGAUUUGUAAUUCAGUUUUGAAAAUAUGGUUGUUUUGUUUUUUUUGAUUUAAUAUUAAAUUUAUAAAA